AUGAGGCUUUCCUCCAUUAUUGCACCGCUCUUUUGCGGUCUUGCUGCGGCUGGGGCAUGCCCUUAUGCUGCGAAGGCUCAAACUGGUAGCGCCUGUCCAUAUGCAGGAAAGGCACGCUCUGAUGACUCGAGUUCGGGCUAUGUGCCCCGUGAUAUGCCAGUUGCAGACAAGAAGGGUGUGAUGCUGAUGAAUCGCAUUGCGCCGGGCGUUUCUAAGCUCUACGUUGCCGACGCCGACGGCUCCAAUUCACAACUGCUCCUUGGUAACGAGACUACCUUCGACUACCACGGCCAAUGGUCACCCGACGGCCAGUGGAUUGUCUUCACCAGUGAGCGUGCUGGUGAUGGUCAGUCUGAUCUGUACCGCGUUCGUCCCAAUGGCACAGACUUGCAAGCCAUCUCUACUACAGCCCAUGUUGAGGACGCUGGUUCGAUCUCCCCCAACGGUAGCCUUGUCGCCUUUGCUGGUACUCUGGGCAACCAUAAGAGCAACAUCUGGGUCAAGAACCUGGAGACCGGCGGACUGUGGAAUGUUACAAACACCACCGACAAUGCUGGUGACUGGACUCUUCCCGAUGGUCACUUCCGGCCAGCUUGGUCCCCUGAUGGCAACUGGUUGCUCUUUACAUCUGAUCGCAACACACCUUGGAGGGGUCACAAUAACAUUAGCGGUUGGGAACACGUGCAGGAGCUGUCCAUCUAUGCAGUUCGACCUGAUGGUAGCGGCUUCCACCGUGUUGCUAACAAGACUGGCUACUGCUUGGGAUCGCCAAAGUUCUCGCCUGAUGGCAGCCGUGUCGUCUUCUACGAGAUCGAAACCGAACUCACUUAUUACGCCCGUGUCGCGGAGUCUGCUUUCUACGAGGUCAACACCGCGAUUGUUUCAGUCGAUUUCGCCACAGGAACAGACCGCAUCGUGCACGCUUCAGCUGACUCUGGUGGUAUCAAGACUUUCCCUCAGUACAUUGACAACAGCACUAUUGGCUACCUGGUCAAGAGUCUUCUCACCAAUGAUACCUACCCUGGUUCUAUCAACUACACCUCAGCGAAAUCUGGUGGCACGGUCGAGUCCAAGUACUCAAGCAUCUCCUUGGUUGGCCGUUACCGUUCCCCGGCUUGGUCGCCCGAUGGUAGCAAGAUGAUCUAUGAGGAGGUUGAGUGGGACCCCGUCCGAUCCAUCGACAAGGAGCUCUACAGCUGGAACUCUGAGUGGGAGUACCGCUUCACUGAUGUAUUCCCUCAACUGUCCAAGAGUGGCCGAGUGGCCUACACAGGGCAGCAGACCCAGAACUCAUCACUGUUUCUCAUGAACCCUGAUGGCUCUAGCAAUACAGAGAUCUUCGAUGGAUCUCGAUUCCCAGGUCUCACUACUGCCACCAACACCAACGGCACAUUCCAGCCAUCGUGGCGCGGAGAUGGUGAAGUUCUAGCUGUUGGUCUCGGAGACUGGUUCGAGUACCGUUACUACAGCCCCGGCUGGGUCUACCUCGUCUCUGCCAAUGGUACCUGGACCAAGAAGAUUACCAAUGGUACUACGAACGCAGGUUUCCCAACCAUCUCCCCUGAUGGACGUUGGUUGGUCUGGCGUGAGUUUGACUAUGUGGCUACCGAACUUGAAGUAAAGCCAUUGGGUCUGCGACGCAUGGACCUCAAGACCGGUGAGGUUAAGGCCUUGACCUGGGAAUGGGAUAACACACCCAUGUUCGCGCCUGACGGAACCAACCGUCUUGUUUUCACACGUCGUACUAGCUGGCCCAUCUCUGGACCCCUUGACGACAACUACGAUGUUAUGACUAUGGAUGUUGAUGGCAGCAACCUCAAGCGACUGACCACUCUGGCCUGUAACGAUGCUCACGCUACCUGGACUGCCGAGGGAAAGAUUACCUGGGCAAGUAGCAUGUACGGUUUCCAGGAUGAGGCUAUUAUUUACGACAACAACCAACAGCCCUACCCCUUCAUCAUGGAGAUGGAGGCUGAUGGUUCCGACAUGACCAUUCUGACUGAGAGCAGAUGGGAGGACACCAUGCCUCUUUAUGUUCCCAACAGCAUUUGGUCUGCAGACAACUAA